AUGCCCGGCGUCAGCACAAAACGCGCGCGUAGCGACGACGAUCCGCAGCUCUCCCCCGACGAAUCUGCACCUUCACCUCCCAAGCGGACACAAACGAGAAAAACAAAGAUCCUCGAGUCGCGAAAACCAGAAAAGAAUUACCACAGUGACGGUGACGAUGAGACUUCCUCCGAUGAGCCAACCUCGUCCUCGGGUUCCUCGAUAGGUUCUUCCGACGACGACAGCGAAGACGACGAAGAAGAUGAACAGGAAACAAGAAAUCAAGAAGAAAGAGAAGAUAAUGGCGCGAUCCCGUUCAUUCCUGGACGCCAAAAGCCUCGGAUACACCGCAUCGACAGAAAUAGUGACAUUAUGUCCCGGUUAACGGCUUUUUUGCCGCAGAUGAAGAGUGCAAAUGAAGAUCUGGAGAGAGAACUUGCUGCUGGUCGGGGUAAGGAGCUUCAAGUGGAUGGCGCAGAUGAGGAGGUUGAGGGGAGAUAUAUUGAAAUGAACCUAGGCCUGGGUGUCCUAGAAGAGAAACCGUCGGACGAUGAGAACAAUGACUCUUCGAGCGAUGGCGAAGACGAGCGCUCUGACAAUGAAGAAGGAAAGCAGCACCCGACAGAGCUCCCCAGCCGGCCAAAAGAUCCGAGCGUGCUGGGUAAAUUGAUGGGCGUGAAAAAUGACGAUUCGAAAAAGCCUACAAUCGAAGAAAUGAACGAGUAA